GAGACAUUAUUAGCGCUUUAAAAGCAAACACUACUGCUAAAGCCCAUAUUGGGGUUUGGAUUGAAUUUGGUCAAACAAUGCAAAGUUAAUAUUGAAAUUCAAGUACAGUGAACUUUGCAUUGAUAAAUUGCAAUCGAAUCUCAAUCCUAAUCCGUAGUCUGAUAUAUCGGAGGCAGUGUGAAUCCUGCAUAGGAAGAAAGCCAGGCACACGCGGAUAUGCGUACGAACCGUCAGUGCGCGACGCGCGCUUUAACGCCGUUCGGCUGCGUCGUGUGAUAUUUAAAUCACUUUAAAUCCGGCCGGGCAUAACACGCACGAUUACACCGGAUCCUGAGGAAGGAUCGGUGUUCGAGAUAAAGAGACAGGGCAGGCGGGUAGAGGCAUACAAGAUUCCUCGGAGUCGGCUUGAGCGCGCGUGGCGGCCGGCGUGCGUCACAGUUAUGGUUUGAGCGGCGCGUAAAAUGAUGCUGAGGAAUUUCCCGUUUCAAUGGGUCCUGGCGUCGAUCUUCACCGUUGUGAUAAUCUACCUCAGGCUGCGAAUAUGCCAACUGGAGGAGAGCUACAGAUCGUUGCACGACGCUGUCGUGCAGGCGCAAAUUGACGUUAGGAACGGGGCGCACGGCAUCCCGGAGGCGACGCACGGCAGCGGGAUCCUCGACGACAUCGUUGUGAUAUAUAACAGGGUGCCGAAGACUGCCUCCACCAGUUUCGUGGGGCUGGUUUACGACCUGUGCAAGCAGAAUAAGUACCAUGUACUGCACAUCAACGUGACCAAUAACAUGCACACCCUAACCCUCAGCAAUCAGGUUCAAUUUACAAACAAUAUUACAAAUUGGAAUACGAUAAAACCAGCAUUUUACCAUGGACAUAUGGCAUUUUUAAAUUUUGAGAAAUUUGGUAUUAAACGUACACCUUUGUAUAUAAAUUUACUGAGGAAGCCUUUAGACAGAUUUGUAUCUUAUUAUUACUUCUUGCGAUAUGGAGAUAACUUUAGGCCUCACCUGGUAAGGAAGAAACAUGGAGAUACAAAGACAUUUGACGAGUGUAUAAGUAUUGGUCAGCCUGACUGUGAUCCAAAUAACAUGUGGCUGCAGAUUCCAUUUCUGUGCGGCCAUGAUCCAGCUUGUUGGGAGGUUGGUAAUAACUGGGCAUUAGAAGAAGCCAAACGAAACUUACAGAGGCAUUAUUUCCUGGUCGGCGUGACGGAGGAAUUAAAUGACUUUGUGGAGAUAUUGGAAAAUGUAUUACCGCGAUUCUUCAAAGGGGCGUACGGUUUCUUUUUGCACAACAACAAGUCGCAUUUACGACAAACCACUCAAAAACUCAACCCACUACCUGAGACAGUGGACAAGAUUCAGCAGUCCGUCGUGUGGAAGAUGGAAAACGAACUGUAUAAUUUCGCUCUAGAACAUUUUCACGCCGUGAAAAGGCGGCUCCUAAAUGCUUCCCCCCAAGACGCAAAUCAACGCUUUAUGUACGAAAAGAUACGGCCAAAAUAAAUCUCUACUUUUUUACGUAGACCUUUGCUUGAA